AGCCCACGGCGAAGGAGGAGAGCUGAUCGAGCCAUCGAGGACGAGGAGCAAUGCGAUGGGGCGCCGCAAGGUCUCCAUGGGGCUGAUCCCGAACCGCCGGGUGCGGGCCGACACCUUCGGCAAGCGGAAGAAGGGGCUCAAGAAGAAGGCGGAGGAGCUCUCCGUGCUCUGCGGCGUCGACGUCGCGCUCGUCGUCGCCGCGGGGGACGGCGGCGCGGCGGCGGCCGCGGACGUGUGGGAGUCGAGGGAGGGCGUGCUGGCCCGGUACCGGGCGCUGGGCGCCGAGGCGCGCGCGCGGCACACGCACCGGGCGUACCUCCAGGCCGGGCUCGGCAAGUGGGAGGCCAAGCUCGCCCGGGUUCGCCAGGGCGGGCCCGACGCGCUCGCCCGCUGGGACAAGGCGCUGGACGGCGUCGCCACGGAGGAGGACGCGCGGUGGCUGCUCGACGCCGUCGACGCCGCGAUACGGGCCGCGGAGGACAGGCUGAGGGCGCUGGGCCUCCCGCCGGUCGACGACGACGAGGACGGGGUCGUGCUGGACGGGGUCGCGCCGCUCAACUUUGCCGCCGCCGCCGGCGACCACUACGGCCUGCUGCAUGAUGCGGUCGGCGGAAGCGGCGACGCCAACAACGGCCAGCAGGCCAUGUGGGGCACCAAUGGCUUCCACUUCCCGCAGGGCGGCGCCGCCGACGCGCAACACACGGGGUACGGCUUCCAGACCUACACCAGCGGCGGCGGCGCGGGCGUGGAGGAGGGCUACCACCUGCAGAUGGCGCCGGACAUGUACAGCAGCCGCGACCACAACAACGGCCACCUCGCCAACGCCUACCAGCAGCACGGCUACGGCUUCCAGUGUGCCGACGCCAGCUACUCCGGCGUGCCUUCUGGCUACGCCCAGCCCAGUGUGCCCAUGUGGUGGAGCGCCGACGAGCCGCGCCAUGCCAUGCUGCCGCUCGAGUACCCCGCCGCUGACGCCGGCCUCAACUACGCGGACACGCCGGCGGCACAGGGCGUCGGCGGGAGCUCCUUCGCCAUGGGCGCCGCCGGCGGCAACUUCGUCCACUCGCAACCAGCGCUCUCCCUCGCCAUGAACACCAUGGGCGGCAGCGGCGACAACUUCACCAACGCGAUGCCAGCCCAGCCCCUCGCCAUGAGCUACGGUGGCGAACUGACGGUUGCCGGCAGGUACGCGGCGCAGUGGCAGGCACCCCCGCACCCCCAGCGCGCCGGCGGCGACCAGAGGCCCACCAUCGAGCAGCUGCAUUACCUCAGCGACCUGGAAGACACGCAGCUCCACCUCUAUGGAAACUAA